AUGUUUGAGAUAAUUGGGUAUUAAAAAUAUUAAAUAUCUAGAUUUUCUAAGGCUAAAUCUAAUUGCGAAAUGGAAAGAUGUUUUUAAAAAAAAUAUAUCGUGCAAAUAGAUUUAUUUAUUUAGAAAAUUACCAAUAGAUCAAAGCUGAUAUUUGCACUAUUGAAUUCUGUAAUUAAAUGCUAGUCUAAUUAGUACUAUUAAUUAUAAUAUUAUGUUAAUUAGUAAAUUUACAUUCAAGUUCAGCAUAUUCAUUUAAAGAAUGUGA